AUGAAUCUGAGCAAGUUUUCGCAGGCCAGCCGUUUGGUCCAGAAGUCCCGGUCCUCGAAGAGGCAUUUUCAUGAGAUCCUGGACGAAGCAUCGCUGGAAGUCAUUCAUCGGGUUGAAGCCAACUACACGCAGUCUUUGGAUGAGCUUAUGCAGCAUCAUGGCAGCGGCUGGAGGAAGGAGCGCGACGAGAAGCGUGAUCUGGACAUGGCCUUUAGGUUGACGCAUGACAACUUGCAAGCUGUGGCCGCGACUGUGUUCAGUGGCUUCAGCCUCAUCCAAAUUUUUGAUGCAUUACGCGAUUAUGUUCAACAAGAUGAGUACAAUGACGACACAUACGUCGGUCAGUUGGACAACGAGCUGAUGCAGGACUCCCUGCUCCAUGUUCGGCGACAUGGACAUGGAGAUGUUGAAGACAACAUUCUGCACUUCAGCUGCACGGACGCUUUGGACGAACCACUCGGCGCGCUGUGGCUGUCCAGCUACACUCCGCCCUUGAAGAGGGGACGUCAUGCCCGAAGCUUCCGGGGCAUUCCUUUACCCAAGCCACAGACAGGUGCCGUGCGCCUCGCAUUUUGGCGCAGCUCAUUUGCGAUUGCUCCGGUCUGGAGUGGCGUUGCCGCCACCGCACCCAGUGCCGUCAGGGUCACCUAUGCAGUUGCCAGACGACCCUCAUCUGCUGCCUCCAUAUUCCCCAGCAGAAUGUACCGUGAGGUUUCCAACAGGCUCGCCAAGUUCAAGGAUUUCCUGCACAUGCGGGAAGAGAGAGCGGGCACCUACGCUGACUGUGACGUAUACAAUCACAUCAAAAGGCACCUCAUGGAGUGCGCGCCUCACGCCUCCCGCAACGACGAAGUUUCCUUCGAGGAGCUCGCCUCCAUUCUACCUGAUGACUGGGCAGAUUACCAUGAUGCCGAGCAUGUUAAUGACUUUCGCUAA